GAAAAAAAGUCAACAAAACAAUUUCGUACUUCAUUAUAACGAAAAAAUAAAACUUAGAAAUCUUAUCUAUACAAAAAAAAAAAACUAAAAAUUCUUUUUACACGAAGAGCGUAAAAAAUACAAAUUUGCAAUAGGAAACGCAUCGAAAUCGUCUGCAGUUAAUUUCGAAUGAAACUUACAAUUUACCAAUACAGCUGAGAAAGCAAUAAAAAACAACAAUUUUGCAUAACCAUCAAAAACAACAACAACCGGCAGCAUAAAGUAGGAAUAUUAGCAACGGCAACAAAAGCAACAAACAACGAAGCACUCAACAAGUAAUUCUUGCGCUGUAAGUUUGUUUCAUUUUCUUUGGAGAUACGCGAAUACGCGAGUCGAUAGGAGAGGAACAACAAGAAAAUUGUGCGUUGUGUGUAAAGGGGCAACAGCAUAUUAAAACAACAAAACAAAAACGAACAGGUCAAGAUCAUAAAAGAGUUUGUGUCAAAAGCUGCAGUCAACAUAAUUGAAGAAGAAGUAAACAAAACAACGAUCAAAAUGUCGGAAUCGGUUUGUCACAAAUGCAACGAAGUUAUUACAAAGCGCAUCAUAACAGCGCUCGGUAAGACCUGGCAUCCAGAGCACUUUGCUUGCAAGGAUUGCAACACACCCAUCGAGGAGGCCACAUUCAAUAUACAAGACGGCGAACCGGUUUGUUCUAAAUGCUUUCUGAAAAACUACUCAGGCACAUGUCAUGGCUGUAAGCAACCCAUAUUGGAGCGCACGAUUAAGGCGCUCGGCCAAACUUGGCAUGAGGAUUGCUUUGUGUGUGGCGGACCGUGCCAGAAGCCCCUAGUGGGCACCUCCUUCUACGAGCGCGAUGGACGCGCCUACUGUAAAACGGACUUUGAGGAAUUGUUUGCAGCUCGUUGCGCUGGCUGCGCCAAGCCGAUCACAGAGAAUGCCAUUGUGGCGUUAGAUGCCAAAUGGCAUCGGGACUGCUUCAAAUGCAAGAAAUGCGCCAAUCCAAUCACAGCGAGUAUAUUCGCAGUUGAAGAGAACAAACCAGUUUGCACGGAGUGCUCAGCCUAGAAAGAAACAAGCAAGCAAGCAAGGAAGCUGAAGUAAUAAGUAAUGUGAAUGCGAUGAACAAUGGAUAUAUGAGGAGAGGGGAGCGCAGCGAAUAAUUACCUGAAAAUUUAGUUAUAAAAGGCAACUCAAAUAACAAAAAGGGAUACAAGCUAAAUAAUACCUUUUACAAAGCAAGCAAAGCAAAUAACUUCAGCAGCUAAAAAGUACUUCUAAUUCUUCGUAAUUGCAAAAAUGUUAACUUAGUCGAAAAUAAUUCUAAAUUUUACAAAUACUUUUCGGCUAAUUGUGUUCGCUAUUGCGCCACUAACCGUGAAAAAAAAAACAACAAGAAAGCUGAGAAAGACCAUCGCAGAUUUACACAAUAGCAUUAUUCAGAUAAUCAACACUUUAAUAUUCAGACACGAUCCACUCAAUCUACACUCCACACUACACU